AUGAAAGUGAGGAAGAGAACGUGGAAAGGGAAGGGGGAAGGGGAGUGUGGAAGGGGAGUGGGGAAGGGAACUGGGAAGGGGAGUGGGAAGGGGAGUGGGAAGGGAAGUGAGAGGGAAGUGGGAAGGGGAGUUGGGAAGGGAGGUGGGAAGGGGAGUGGGGAAGAGAAGUGGGAAGGGGAGUGGGGAAGGGAAGUGGGAAGGGAAGUGGGAAGGGAAGUCGGAAGGGAAGUUGGGAAGGGAAGUGGGAAGGGGAGUGGCGAAGGGAACUGGGAAGGGGAGUGUGGAAGGGAAGUGGGGAGGGGAGUGGGGGAGGGGAGUGGGAAGGGGAGGGUUAAGGGGAGUGGGGAAGGAAAGGUCACAAUGACCGUGAUCAGCAAUAUCCGUGGUGCUUUGUCUUCUUUCAAGUUGAAACCUAUAUCCAGAAGCUAUUUUGUUUCGGGAUUUGGAGUACUUUGUCUAUUGUACAUAGGAAUGUACGCAAUUUUACGGACUCGCUCAAUGUUAACAGAAUCAAUUGUAAGUGGAAAUAUUUGUAAAAACUGUGAUGGCAAUAUUAUCAAAUUCAAUACAACACAUUUUGUCAAUAAAACUGACAAAAAAGUGCUGAUGUGGACGAGGUUUUUCAGUGGUCCAUGGGCAGAUGAUGUAGCCAAAUAUAUGAACAGAAGCAAAUACAAGUGUUCUGUAACAACGGAUCGAAAUGAACUCGAGACUGUUGAUGCCAUUAUGUUCCAUUAUCUCGAUCUUUGGGUCUGGGAAACAGUGCCCGGAUAUAGAAGACCGGAUCAGGUUUGGAUACUGUAUAACGCCGAAGCACCCCCUCAUCUUCACUACACUGGAUUAACAUGGAAAAAUUUGUUCAACUGGACGAUGACUUAUCGGAAGGAUUCUACAAUUCACGGACCAUACGGGGCGUUCGUUCCUUUAACACAAGAGGAAAAGGUUCAAGCUUCCUUAAUGUAUCGUAACAAGGACUUCAGUUUUAAUAAAACCAAAAUGGUUGUCGCGGUAAUUAGUGAUUGCCCGGAUGACGCGCAAAGAUAUCGUCAUAUGCGAGACUUGCAAAAGUUUGUGGACGUUGAUUUCUUUGGAAAAUGCGGUAAUUUAACGUGUCCUAGGAAAGCCGACGCUCCUUGUUAUUCCAAAGCUUAUAAAUUCCGUAUAGCAUUUGAAAAUGCAAAUUGUAAAGAUUAUGUGACAGAAAAAUAUUGGAAUAGUUUAUUAAGUGAUUCUAUACCAAUUGUUAACUGGAAGGAGGACCAGGUUAUACAAGCUCCACCAAAAUCUUAUAUAAAUAUUCAUGACUUUGGGAGUGCAAAAGAACUUGGUGACUACCUGAAGCUUUUAGAUAAAAACGAUACUUUGUAUAACGAAUAUUUUUCCUGGAGGUUGGACUAUAAGGUAUUCGGUGGGGAACACAUGUGGUAUCCGUUUGAACAUUUGUGUGACGCCCUCCAUACGCCAAGGGAAGCCCAGACGAUUGUUGAUCCGAACACUUGGAUAAGGACGGACUCGUGCAACAAGUGGUCGCUUUCUGGAGUAUUGAUGCGACAUUGGGACCGGUUUCUGUUUGACUGGGGCUGGUGA